UGCAAAGCUUAGUCUAAGUAACUGUCUUCACUUAUGCAACAGAUAGAAAAAUACUGUUCACCUCAGAUCACCCACCUGUCAGUGAGUAGGGACCCAGAAUUUGGCUGACAGGUGUGGCAGCACCAUUCAGGGUGUGGCGUGCUUUGCGAGCCACUCGGGUCCUAUGCUGACUUUGGAUGAGCUCACAGGAAAGGUGGAGAAACCGAGGCUUGCCAUAUAAACCUGACCCCUCGCUGAGUACAUGGCACAUUCAGCUUCAAGCCAGUCUCGCAUCACUAGCCUCUGCAUCACAGAGCUCUCCACCAUGAAGCUUGUUGGUGGUCUCCUGCUGCUCUUCGCAGCAACCUAUGUCUGCAACUGCUCUGAAGUUACUAGCCACCCUUCAGCAACAGUGGACUGUGACAUAUACAAGAAGUACCCAGUGGUGGCCAUCCCUUGCCCCAUUGUAAACAUACCAGUUUGUGGAUCUGACUAUAUCACUUACGGGAAUAAAUGCAAGCUGUGUACAGAGAUCUUGUGAGUAUCAAAUACAAAGAAACAAUGUCUGGGAACCAUGUUCUCUACUCAAAUCCUUCCC